AUGAACGAUGAGUUAGACAUAGACACAUUGUAUUCAAUUAUUCUUCUCUCUGAUUAUUUUCUAAAAGCCCAACUAAUAUUAUCAAUAAUAUCAUUAGUUUUGACUAUUCCACAUAUUUUUAUUUUAACGAGAAGCUCAAUAAGAACAUCAAGUACAAAUUGUUUAUUAAUUGGCAUCGCAAUUUCUGACUUGUUUUUGCAUUUGGGAAACUAAAUGAUAGAAUUGAACUAGAUUGGUAUUUUCUUGAUCCAUGCGUGUUCAAUAGUUCUUAUUACGUCAAUAUUUAUUUUCUUGUUAAAGACUUUUUGAAGGAUACUUUUGAAAAAUCUUCUUUUUCCUUGGGAUUAUUUUUAGCAUUAAUCCGAUUUAUUCUCAUGAAACUUUCUGGUGAUGCUCCGACUUUGUCAAGUAACUCAUUUGGAUAUUUAUUGGUAGUCGGUGUAAUUCUGAUCAGUUCCCUUCCUUCUGGUAUCUAUUAUACAGGAUAUGAUUUGAUUGGUGCACCAUGGGAUGAAAAUUGCACGGGAGUACCAGAAAACUUCACUAAUAUGUUUUACGAUCACCAGAUUGGAGAACAUCCUAUUAUUUCGAUAGACAAUUAUCGAUACACAACUGGGAGUUUUCGGAUGAUCAUCACAAUUGUUUAUCCAAUUUUUGGUGCACUUUUAAUGUUUGAAAUCAUUAAAUCUGCACGCUUCGCAUCAGUGACACUCAGUAGACAAGAUGCAAUAGAACGAUAUCGGUCGGGAAGGAUGAUAAUGUGCAUGACAAUCUUCUACACAAUUUCAAGUCUUCCUGGUGGUGCAUUUGAAUUUAUCUGGAUAUUCAUUAAUCCACAAUUUAAUACAAUUCUCCACAUGGUUCUCUUGUAUGGCGAUGUUUGGGUUGAUACAUUUUUCUGUUUCAAUGCGGCUGCACAUUGUUUAAUCAAUUUUUCAAUGUCACGGAAUUAUAGAUCAACUGUGAUGAAAGCGUUGCAUAUCGAGAAUUGA